AUGCCGACGAUUAACAUUGACAAGCAAGAUUUGUUCGAGUACCUGGGCAACAAGUAUAACACGGACCAGUUCCGCGAGUUGUGCUUUGAGUUUGGAAUUGAGCUCGAGGAGGACGUAAGUGAGGGCGAGCUUGCCGAGGGCGAGCGCGCGCAGCUCAAGAUCGAUAUUCCGGCGAACCGCUACGAUCUGCUGUGCUUCGAGGGUCUGUCGCGCGCCCUGGGCGUGUUCCUGGGGCAGGAGAAGACGCCCAAGUACACGGUCGUGCCUGUGUCGAAGCCGGCCCGGAUCACGGUCGCACCCGAGUGCUCUCAGAUCCGGCCGCUGGUGGUGGGUGCGAUUCUGCGCAACGUGACAUUGACGCAGGAGCGGUACCAGUCGUUCAUUGAUCUGCAGGACAAGCUGCACAACAACAUUUGCCGCAAGCGCACGCUGGUGUCGGUUGGCACGCACGACCUGGACACGGUGGAGGGCCCGUUCACGUACGAGGCCCGUAAGCCGUCAGACAUCAAGUUUGUGCCGCUGAACCAGACGGAGGAGAUGGACGGGAACCGCGUGAUCGAGUUCUACGAGAACGACCUGCACAUCCGCAAGUUCCUGCAUAUCAUCCGCGACUCGCCGGUGUUCCCGGUCAUCUACGACAAGAACCGCACGGUGAUGUCGCUGCCGCCGCUGAUCAACAGCCAGCACAGCAAGAUCACGCUUGACACGAAGAACGUCUUCAUUGAGAUCACGGCCACCGACAUGACCAAGGUGAAUGUGGUGCUAAACAUCCUGCUGACCAUGUUCAGCGGGUACUGCGAGAAGCCGUUCACGGUGGAGCCCGUCGAGGUCGUGUACCCGGACGGCACGUCGUAUGUGUACCCGGAUAUUUCGGCGCGCACCAUGACGACCACGUCCGAGUACCUCAACGGCAUUGUUGGGAUCGCGCAGUCGGACGACGAGAUCGUCGAGCUGCUGAAGAAGAUGUCGCUGGAGGCCACGGCCAAGGACGGCGAGAUCUCGGUGGAGCUGCCGCCGACGCGGCCGGACAUUCUGCAGGAGUGCGAUAUCGCCGAGGACCUGGGCGUGGCCUUUGGGUACAACAAGAUUCCGCGCACGCAGAACAACGCGGCGACCGUGGGCAAGGCGUUCCCGCUCAACAAGCUGUCGGAUCUGAUCCGCAAGGAGGUGGCGAUGGCCGGGUGGACCGAGGCGCUGACGCUCAGCCUGUGCUCGCACGACGAGAACUUCAAGCAGCUCAGGCGCGUGGACAAUGGCGACGAGGCGGUGGUGUUGGAGAACCCGAAGACGUUCGAGUACCAGGUGUGCCGCUCGACGCUGCUGCCGGGUCUGCUCAAGACUAUUCGCGAGAACAAGAAGCACGCGAUUCCGUACAAGCUCUUUGAGGUCUCGGAUGUCGUGUUCAAGGACGCGACCCGCGACCGCGGAGCCACCAACCAGCGCCGGCUGUGCGCGCUGUUCUCGAGCCACUCGGCCCAGUUCGAGGUCAUCCAGGGUCUGCUGGAUACCGUGAUGGUGUCGCUGAAUGUGCCGCACUCCAAGGAGGGCAAGGGCUACUGGCUGAGCGAGAGCGACCUGCCGACGUACCUGCCGGGACGCUGCGCCGACGUCAUGUACCGGAGCGAGGAGGGCAAGGUUGUGAGGCUGGGCGCCAUUGGUGUGCUGCAUCCCGAGGUGCUGGUGAACUUUGAGCUGGAUUACCCGGUGUCAACCUUUGAAAUUAACGUUGAAGAGUUCCUCUAA